ACAAACGCAAUCAAACCAGAGUUCUGACUGUGAACUAGGGUUCAUAAUCAAUUGUCGAUAAAUUAAUUCUUCAUCACAAGGAUGUCAGACGCCAGCAAGCAAAUAAUGGCACAGAAAAGUGCUAAAAUCGCAGCUGGGGCUGUUGUGUGUGUUGAAAGCGAAAUAAGAGGAGAUGUGACCAUUGGUUCUAGAACAGUUGUCCACCCCAAAGCAAGGAUCAUAGCAGAGGCCGGGCCUAUUAUCAUUGGAGAGGGGAAUCUAAUAGAGGAGCAGGCACUUAUUAUUAACAGUUAUCCAGAGAACAUAAUGCCAGACACAGAGGGAGUUGAGCCAAAGACCAUGACUAUCGGGACCGAUAAUGUCUUCGAAGUUGGAUGUGUCUCUCAAGCUCUGAAAAUUGGAGACAAUAAUGUGAUCGAGUCCAAGGCUGAUCUCGGGAGAAAUGUGAUUCUGACCAGUGGCUGCAUCAUCGGCGCGUGCUGCCAGGUCAAUACAUGUGAGGUCGUGCCAGAGAACACGGUUGUGUACGGUUCAGACUGCAUCAGGCGUGUGCAGAAUGAAAAGCCACAGCUUCAGACUCUGCAGCUCGACUUCCUCAUGAAGAUUCUGCCCAACUACCACCACCUGAAGAAGACGGUGAAGGGAAACAGCACGCCUGUGAAAAACUAACACGGAGGGCUGAACCCUCCCUGCCACCCAAAGCAUCUGCACACGCAGGCACCAGUAGCUCACACAUGUCCCCUCUACUUGCACUUGCCUUACACUUUAAUGUUGUUCCCUAAUGUCUAAUAGAUUACUUCUAGCAUUGAAAGUGACCAUCACACACUACAUUUCUUCCUGCAUAUGAGGAUUGCCAUCAUUCUUUAACAUAUCUGACUGUUUGUGGUUUUGCACUUUUGCUUUCAGAUCAAGUAUGUCUAUUUAUGAUAUAUUUUGGACCUGAAAUGAUAAAUUUCCUGUGCCAUUUUUAUGUCAAUCAAUUAUAUUCAUCUAUAUUUAUAAUUGUUUCAAUAAAGA